UUUAUCCGCCUGGCGGCUCGGCUCGUCGUUGUGAGCGUCGCUACUCUGCCCUCCGUUGUUGGUGGGCGACUGGCUCCAGCUGUCCAAUAGUAGUAGCGUCCUUCACGAGCCUCCUCCAGAGAGGCCGAUCUUGACACCGCUGGUAGCAGUCAUUGGUAAGUCAACUCAGCUCCACAUCCUCCCGUACCACAUCAGUCCAUCUCUUCAGCCCAUGUGCCCGUUUAGCCCCCUCUGUGACUAAUCAGAAGCUGCUUGGACAUGCAGUAGCUGGGCAUGCGGACGACAUAACCCAGCCAACGCAGUCUUGCCUGCCGGUGGAGCUCACUCAUGGGAAUGUGUCCAGAUCUUUCAAGGAUUUGUGAGCUCCUCACACAAUCCAGCCUGGUUAAACCCAGGAUGGAUUGGAGGCAGGCCAGCCUGAAUGUUUCUAACUGGCGCAGAUCGUCCAUUUAGAGGGGUCCACUUUCACAAGUAUAAAGGGAGGGCAUGCUUGUGGUCGAGAAGACCUGAAGCUUGGUGCGGGGCGACAGACCAGAUAGGAAGUGAUUUUUAUAUUUGCAUUUAAUGCACUUAUAGUCGAAUAAAAUAGUUUUUUUACAUAGAUAAAUGAACGUUUGACACUUAAGCCCUUCCUCUCUAUUGGCCUUUGGCCCCUCAUAACCUUAAUCCGCCCUUGUAUAUAGUUGAAUACGCUUACUGUCAAAUUUUGUACUAUUACAGUACUUUUAACAAUGUUACUGACAUUACAACUCACAAUGGGAAUGAUGAUAAUGCCGAGAAACCAGGUUAUGAUGCAGGGCACUAUAGGCAUAUCCAUCACAACAAGCACUUCAGCAUCAGAAGUUUAUUUCCCAAGUAAAGUCCAUAGAGCUAAGAAGCUCGUCAAUGGUGACUCAGCCGUCAGACAUCAAAGCAUUCUACAAUUAAAAAAAGCAAACAAACGUAAUAAUAGAAAGUAUGUUGUUUUAAUAGUCUGUUUUAAAUCAUGACAGACUGGAGAUGGCAAGAAAUUAGGUGGUUCUAAAAUUUUGUGGCAGCUACAUUAAACGCGUUUGAUCCUAAUGUUGGCGUGCAAAUUUAAUAGACAAUCAGACGCGUGUCGCAGAUUUUUUUGUUGGGCUUGUCCAAUGGUAAUCACAGGUCGAGUCGACAACAGUAUACGUCACAACAGGAGUCAUAAUGAAAGACGUUUAAAUAAUAGUUCGCCUCAAUGUCCUUUAUUGGUAUGUUUGGCCAACUCUUAUGCCAACGAAUAAUUAAGUGACCAUGUGCUCUCUUGGUGCCAGGGGGAGAGCACUCGGGAAAUCGAGUGUCGUCAGGGGGUGCUUCACAGCCGGAAUUAACUUCAGUGAACCGCACAGGCUAUAGACACUCAAACCCGUCUUACCAUGCAGUGGAUUUACCUCUGCUAAAAUCUCUACAAUACAGUGAACUCGGGGUAGGGAAAAGCCGCUGAACUUCCAUUGAUGUUCCUAACGCCGCCAAGAAACGAUUUAAAACCACAUACAUUUUGGAAGUAAAAAAUGCCUUCUUUAAAAGCAAAUCUUAUAAUAAGUUUUGUCAUCUUUGUAAUAUUAACCAGUUGUUUUAAACUCUUUAAGACAUCGAGCUUUAAAAAUGUACCACCAAAACUUCACUACCAAAAUAAGAAAUUACCAUUUCUCCCCAAUAAAGAUAAAAUUAACAGCAGCACAACGACGUAUAUCCCUAUAACAACAAAGCGCCCAAUUCUCAUUUCAACCAACAUCACGUGUUCUACGUCUUUCGAGAACAGUCGAAUCACAAUACUAAACGGAGGAGAACCUCACACCGUUGGAGACACACUCCAUGCUCAAGUGGAAAUGUAUGACUUUACGAACAGAAGGAAGCUCUACGGUGGGGAUUUCCUCCUCGCUCGGAUUUUCAGUCCACGCCUUGGGGCUGCGUCUUCUGGCGUGGUGACUGACCUUGGCAAUGGUGUGUACGAUGUGAGGUUCACGCUCUUCUGGCCAGGAGACAGCAGUCUGGCCUUCACGCUCGUGCACGCCAGUGAGGCCGUGAGCGUGCUGGACAGAGUCCGAGAAACCAUUCCAGAUAAAGUCACUUUCCUGGGGACAUUUGUCAGUGGGAAGUCAAGCGAAGUAACCCAAUGCCACACCUUUCUCAAAACAACGAAGCAGGUCUGUGAUUAUACGGACACGCAUUUAAAUGAAUCAUGGAAGUGUGAAAAGCCAAGUGAACUUCCUUGUUCAGCUCUUCUCACUAUUAAGUCGUAUAACAAGUACCAGAACGUAUUUAAUGAAGAGGAAUCUAAGUUCUUUACAAGUGAUCGCAUAUGGGUAUCGAAACAACUUACGUACACUGUACGAGUUGCUCCAGCAAAUGGUUCAUUUGAAAGCAGUUUUGAAGAUUGCGCUAUGGGUUUUGGAAAUCCAAACCCCAGUGGAUAUUACCUGAGAAAUACGUGGCAAUCUACGUAUUGCAAAACGAAGCAGUUCAAGUCACCAUUAUCUGUUUUGAACUGCUUGAAAGGGAAAAACGUAAUUCUACUUGGCGAUUCUACCAUAAGGCAGUGGUGGGAAUAUAUAGUUAGUUUCAUCAAAGAUUUACAAGUUAUCGAUCUUCACAAACCUGGAAAGCAUCAACCAAAAAAAGCUGUCAAUAAAAGCUACAACGUCACGUGGCAAUGGUUUUGCCACAGCUACCCGUUUAUUGCAUCGGCAGACACUUAUCCAGAAGACCUCAAAUACGUAGCGAAUCGAAUUGAUAACAUCACCGGUGGGAGCGACACUGUCUUAGGAAUCUGCCUCGGCGCCCAUUACACGCCCUUCCCUCUGCACGUGUUUGAAAAGAGAAUGUGCAACAUUAAAGCGGCAGUGGAAAAACUCCUGAUUCGAAGUCCUGAAACGAAGGUCAUCGUUAAAUUGGCGAACACACGAGAAAAUUAUGGCGUGGGAAUAUUAAACAACUGGGGCACAUUUAGAAUUAAUCAGAUCCUUUUGGAAGUGUUUAAAAACAUGAACGUUGCAUUUGUAGAUGCGUGGGAUAUGACAGCUGUGCUUAAUUCUGCUCAGGUUCACCCGAAUCUUUCCAUCGUGAAAAAUCAAGUAAAUGCUUUUUUGUCUUUUAUUUGCUAAUUCAGUGGGCUCACAUGACAUUGAUUUCUCCAAAACCGACGUUCUCUGCAAGCCAUCUGGCUACCAUGAAAGACUCGUUAAUGAGGCUAUCCACAUAUACAAACACAGAGACAAUUUCAAC